CUUUCAGAGUAAUAUACACUCUUUUUUGUUUAACAAAUUAAAUGGCGAGUAACUCUUUGAAGGUUUCUUUGCUGACUCUUUUCAUCUUUGCCCUGAUCAUGUCUCCGAUGGCAACCUUGCCGUGCGAUGCAGCAAGGGCGCCGCCGCCGGGAGGACCAGCUCCAACAUCAUUUCCACAUCCGAGAAUUCCCAUUCCCAUAUGCCCUCGAUGUUUGUGUUGUGCUCCUCCUCCAGCUCCAGGCAAAUGCUGCCCUUGCUUUUGCCCUUCUCCAGCUGAACCUCCCAGUUAUUAAAUUCUCACAAAGACAGACAUGAUUAUACAUGCUUUAUCUAAUAUAAUUGUUAUAUGUGUUCACUUUAUAUGUUCGUUUAUGGUUGAUGUGGUUUUGCUUAUUUCUUAUGGAUAGAAUUUACUUGUUCAAUGAGUAUCUCUCUACAUGUAUAAUGGUAAUAAUCAGGUUUGUUUCUGUCACGUAUUAAAUAAAAGGGGGGAGUCUCACAUUCUUCUCACUGCAAUGUUAAUUUGUUGCAAAUGUUUGCAACUCAAGGAUAUUCAUAUAUAGUAUGCGUUUAUAUAUGAAUAUACUGAGUUGUCUCUGAUGAAGCUGAUAUACUUGUAUAUGGCAAG